UUCGCUGGUUCAGUGGACUGUGGAACAGUGUAAAAUAAUUCGUUAAUAUAUGCAAGUUCUGUUGGUUGUUAUAACUAUAGUUGAGUAUAAAUAAAAUAAUCCGUUUGCUGGGAUGAGAGUCCGUUGUUUUUAUCGUCUGUAAGUUGCCAUAUUUCUACAUGUUCAUGGCUUCGACACCAAAACAAGCGAAUGGCAAAUUGCCAUCUAAUAACAACGGUUCCGGUGGAAAGCGAAAAAAGUCGCGCGGUAGCAGAGGGUCCUACUUAUCGAAGUGGCUUGACAGAACAAUGAAUCACAUACAAGAAUCCACUCCUAGCUCAGAAAUGUACGAUACAUUCAUGAGUCCCCCGGCCCGGGAUACGAAUUGGCCGGGUGGCUCCCAGUUCACUCCGGGCUACGAUCUUUAUAAAUACAGUAUGUAUGGUUCGGAGCCGUUAUCGUUACCUUCAUUGUCUACGUAUUACAAUCCUAUAAUGCCUAUGCCGCCUCCUUACGCAGAGUACCGUUUCGUGCAGAAUGAAAAUAAGGGAAUACAGGUGCAGAGGCCGCGGCCUCGACGUCGGAGCGAGAACAAAGCCGAAGAGGUGUCUAGUACGCCCGCCGACGCCCCCUCUAUGAGCCAAACAAAUUACCUGCAGCCAAAGAACUUCACAGACGUUCAAGACUUUACCAGUCUCCCGCCGAUAGUUACGUCGAUGGCAGACACGAACUCUAAUAGUGACACGCAAAAUGAUAAAGAUGAUGUGAACAAUGCUCGAAGAUUCAGUGACCCUUGUGUGAGAGGUUUACCUGAUGUUGCUAGACCUGCUAAUGGAGAUGUGGAUUCAGGUUCAGAGUCUGGCUCAGGCUUAUCCGGAAGUCAGGUGGGCAGUCGGUUGCUAGCAUGCCUCCUGGAUCAGAUAUCAACACUUAAAAUAGCUAAUGAUAGGCUGAACAAGGAAUUACAAGAGAUGAGAGCUGAGCUUGAAGUAGUUCGCCAGAACAGUUAUUUCCCCAAAGGGCCGAACAAUAUGGGGGCUGCGUCAAAUCACAAUGUUAUCGGCGGGCAGUAUUCACCGGGGUUCCUUACGGACCUGGUUCGCGAGAUACGCGACGCAGCGCGCAUGCGUGAGGACGCAAUGUACGCGAGGUUGCGAGCUUUGGUGCUGGAAAGGACCGACAAUGGCCUGGCUUCAGCCGAGUCAAAACUUGCCGAGAGAUCGCUUGAAGAAAUUAAGAGCUCUCUGCGUGCUUUGGAAGCCGACAAGCGACGUAUGAUGGAUAGGAUCGUUAAACUUGAAGACGAACUGAGCCUCCUUAGGCUCACCACUGGGUACGAACCUUCAGAAAUCCGUAUGAACGGUAACGUGGAAGACGCCGAGUGUGAAAGACUGCGCAUGCGCAAGGAUCUCGCGGACGCGCGCAGAGCCAAGAUAAACGCGGAGGAGCAUGCCCACAAACUCGAACGUCUAGUGACCCAGCUGCGUUCCAAAUUCAAUGGCCUACAGAUCACCAACGGACCUGACUCUUUGCCGAGCGACAACGAACACGAUGCUCGUCCACGUCGCACCAGCAAUUCGACCAACAACUCCACCAACAAUUUGGCAAACAACCUGCCCAAUAACUUGCCGCAUAAUUUGUCCAACACUACGGCCAACUCGACGGUCGUGUUUGGGCCAGUUACGGAUUUGUAGCGAAUGGAAUUAGGGCAUGUUAUAUGCUACGUCAUUUCUGACUUCCUCAAGUCUGUGCGAUACAGAUUUGGCAAAUCGGACUGAUUGAUUAAGCAAUAUAUUUGACUAAAGGUGUUUAUUAUUAUAACUACACGAUCGAUGUAGAGUCUGUUCUUUUAUUAAAGUCGAUUUCAAUUUUAUCUCCCGAAAGGCUGAAUAAUAAUUGUAAAAAUGCUGAUGUUAUAAAGAAAUCACUGUUGAGUUUCUUACCGGCUUCUUUCCGGCAGAAUAUUUCUUCCGACGGGUCACUACAAUCAGACAAAGGCAAGUCUGAGUUUCAAAAGUAUUGUAGGCCUAUAAUAUACUAAUUCUUAAACCUAUCAAGCAGUCGAGAAAAACCAUUAUGUAUUUCCCGCCUCAGUAGAUUUACGUCAAAUUUCAGGAAAAUUCCUAAAAAAAAUAUCAUGGAAAUUCAUAAUAGAUCUGUGGAUGGUUUUCGCUCUUUGAAUAAUUUAUCUUUAUGAAAAAAACAAGAUAAAAUCUAGU